AUGCCUCCCCCGCGCAACAGACCGCGCAACUCGCGUCCCGAUAUGCGCUCUCGAAAUAACGACAGAGAUCGUCCCUACCGCGCAGAAUCCGACAAUUAUCGACCUGGCGACAGACACGACCUGCCUCCUCGACCGCCUCCCCGCCAUAAUGAUUAUGGCCAGUCAGACUCGUACCGUCCGCGCAUGCCGCAAGGUGACUUCACUUUCCGGGUAGACAAGCCUUCUGGAAUGCCCGAGUUCCCAGCCGAUUAUCGUGGUCCGUCUGAUAGGAGGGGUCCGCGCCGCGAAGGUCGUGGCCGAGGUCGGGGCAGAGGUGGAAGACGAUGGCAACCCCCGCCUCACCCUUCCGAGCGCGCUUUGGUUUCUGGAGCCACGGCAAACCUACCAGAGGAGCGCUUAGGUGAAGAGGGAACUGUUAAGUUUCGCGAUGUCGAUGAGCUAUCCGAUGAUGACGAGCUUGCCAUGGACAUCUCUUCCUCCUCCGAAACCGAAGGCCCCUCCAAGAAACGCGCCAGGAUCGUGGAUGACGAAUCUGGUGAUGCUGCACCUAAGUGGUCCAACCCAGAUCCUUACACGGCCCUCCCGUGCCCUGACGAAAGCACACGCAAGAAGAGGGAUAUGGUCAAGCUCAUUAGAAAGGCGCGUCUCGAGGAUGGAGCAGACAAGCUGGCUGCUUCGACUGAAGCCGAAGACUUCAUCUCCUUUGACCUUACCGAAGAGGAAGAGAGCAGCGAGGACGAAGGCCCGCCUCCUCCUCCCCGCGAGCCGCCACCCCCUCGCGAACAGCCUCCUCCACCACCUCCCAAUGCGCCUUCUGGACCCAAGGCCGAUCUCGACAAACCGCGAGCACCUGCCAACGGAGCUUCGGACGCGUCUCGGCGCAACACAAAUGAUGCUCUGGGCUCCCGUAAACGAACGGCCGAUGACGAGAUUAAGCCUCCGGAUUACGGCCAACUGAAGAAGGCCACAACCAAGCCUGCCAAGGGUAUGCUUUUGCCCAGUUGGCAACCAAAAGCAACUGAGGACCCGUGCCCAUGGGAUACUGUUGAUCAUACUGCCACUACAAACAUGGCAUUCCGACUCCACAAGGAGAUCAUCGAUUUCUACGACUACGUCAAGCCGCGUGAUUUCGAACAACGAAUUCGUGAUAACCUCGUCGAGAACCUACGAAAGGCCAUGCGACGCGAUGGAAGGAACUUUGCCAGCGCCUCUGUCCACCCAUUUGGUUCCUUUAUGUCCGGUCUCUACCUGCCUACUGCUGAUAUGGAUCUGGUCAUCUGCUCAGCUAGUUUCAUGCGGGGCGGCCCUCCAACAUAUCUAUCAGCAAAGAGCUGGCUGUAUAAGUUCCAGAAGUUCCUCACCAGUCAACAUGUGGCUGACCAGCACUCUAUCGAGGUUAUUGCCCACGCCAGAAUCCCGUUGGUCAAAUACGUUGAUAAGCAAACUGGCCUCAAGGUGGAUGUCUCUUUUGAGAACCUGGGUGGUGUCGGAGCUAUCGACACCUUUUUGCAGUGGAAGGAUCAAUAUCCUGCCAUGCCAAUCCUUGUGACUGUCGUCAAACAUUUCCUCCUCAUGCGCGGCCUGAACGAACCUGUCAAUGGUGGAAUUGGCGGCUUUUCAGUUAUUUGCUUGGUCGUCAGCAUGUUGCAGCUUAUGCCACAGGUCCAAAGCCGAAGUCUUGUUCCCGAGCAUCACCUCGGCGAAAUGCUUCUCGAAUUCUUCGAUCUCUAUGGCCGCGACUUCCGUCACGAAAAGACAGCCAUCUCUCUGACCAGGCCGGUUGGAUACAUUCGAAAGUCCGAGGUGCGAAGUCUGACGUACAAGAACUACGAUCGCCUAUCCAUCAUCGACCCUAACAACUCGAGCAACGACAUUUCCGGCGGAUCCUCCAACACGCCGGCCAUCUUGGCUCGUUUCAAUGAAGCGUUCAAACUUUUGCGUGACAGGAUGAGUGAACUUGCUCGAGACCCCAACAAGGGCAAUAUUCUUGAAGUGAUUCUCCAGGGUGACUACUCGUCUUUCCGAGCGCAGAGGGACUUCCUUCGCCACGUACAUGAGAAACACAUUGGCCCUUGCUCUUGA